AUGGCAAGCUCCGCUCCCUCCCUCUACAGCUUCCCGGAUGCUCAGUCGCUGGCCCAGUCGUUACGGAGUUAUGUGCUUGGGUGUCAGAAUACCGCGGUGACCCGCCACGAUGUCUUCCGCGUCGCCGUCUCGGGCGGGUCGCUCCCCAGCGUGCUGGCCAAGGCCCUGCUCGCGCCGGGCACUGGGAGCCAGGAGGACACGCCGCGCUUUGACAAGUGGGACAUUUUCUUCGCCGACGAGCGCGCCGUGCCUCUCGACCACGAAGACAGCAACUACCGGCUGCUCAAGGACGAGCUGUUGGACAAGAUCCCCGCCGACCAGGGCACGCCCAGGGUGCACCCGAUCGACGCCGAGCACGCCAACGACGACGACCCGCAAGAGCUGGCCGACCUUUACCAGGAGGAGCUGAUGCGUUCCUUUGCCGCCAAGGACAGCGUCAAGCUGCCCGUCUUUGAUCUCAUCCUGCUUGGCUGCGGGCCCGACGGCCACACCUGCAGUCUCUUCCCCGGCCACGAACUACUGCGCGAGAAGGACGCCUGGGUCGCUUGCUUGAGCGAUUCGCCCAAACCUCCGCCCAAGCGCAUCACCCUGACCCUCCCCGUCGUCACCCAUGCCCUCAACAUCGCCUUCGUCGCCACGGGCGCCGGAAAACAGACCAUCAUGAAGCAAAUCUUCGACGCCGAGGAGGGCCGCGAGUUGCCUUCUGCCCUCAUCAAUCACCACGCCGGAGACAAGGUGAGCUGGUUCGCCGACCACCCGGCUGUCAACGGCGUUGCUUUCCCGAAACGUGGAAAUCUGUAG